GGGGACUUUCAGUGAGCAACUGACAUCUCAUUUAUAAACAGCUUUUCUUCUAAUUGUGAAAAGUAAGUUAUUUCCUAUUCUCUCAUCAUAGCCGAAGUGAAGAAAGCUCAGGUCUUCUGAAGAGAAAAAAAGGACAUGAAGUUACUAGGUUGGAUGCACCGUAAGUUCCGGCAAAAUAGCAGUGAAGUGCUCAAGGAUUUUGCCAUUGGUCAUGCAUGUAAUUGUCUUAUAGGACAGCCAUCACUUGAUGACCAACAAUACUACGCAAAAUCAAACUAUGGCAGCAGAUCAUUCAAGCAAGCCCAGAAAGAUCACCUUCGAAAAUCUUUUGCUGGUCUUGAAGCAGCAAGAAUAGAAGAAGAAGAAGAGUACGAAGAAGAAUACUUUGAAGAGGAAUCAUCAGCUGCCAUAUCUGAGCUAUUCCAUGGUUUUCUUGCAAUUGGUACCCUUGGCUCAGAUCCAGUCAUUAAUGACCCCUCAACACCAACAUUUGCCAUCUCCGUCGAUAAUAUAACUGAAAAAGAGACCGUAACUGAAAAUGAACUGAAACUCAUCAACGAUGAGUUGGAGAAAGUUCUAGGAGCUGAAGCUAGAGAAGAUUGCUGCAAUGACUCAUCAGGAAGAAACAGUUAUGUCAGCGCAGGGAGAAGCAGUCACGGUAGCACUAUUACCCUUAGUGGCAAGCCCACUGAAGGCCAGGACACCAAUGUGAAUGGAACAACAGUCUGUCCACUCCAGGGAUACCUUUUUGGAUCAGCAAUUGAACUAUCAGAAACGACAACUGUGGCAAAGAAGGAGCACAGAACAUCACUUGGUGAGUUGUUCCAGAGGACUAAAUUAGCAGAAGAAAAUUCUGGGGGUAAAUGUGAAAAGGAUGAGAAGCACAUCGAGAAGGAAGCUGAUAAAUCUGCCAUGCAUCUCAUGAAAAAGAUAUUGAAGAAAAAAACACUCCAUGCUUCUUCUAGGAGUUCUGCAGCCACUGCUGGUGGAACUGUUGAUCCUGCUUCAGCAGAAAAAAAGCAGCACAAGAUCAUACAUAUGUUCCACAGGAAAGUUCAUCCUGAAACCUCGACAACAACAAGGAAGGCAGAUAAACCCCAAAAAAAUGAGAAUAAGAAGACCAACAAUGGGGGACACAACAAUGGAAAUCAAAUGCUCGCAGAUGAAGAUAUCACUGUACUUCCUCAGAGAUACCUUUCAAAACGAAGCAUAAGGCGCUACAAGAGUCAAUCUAACCCACCUCAAUUCACUCUUGGCAGCAGUGACUCAAAUGGAAGCAGGGAAUGCUGGAUAAAAACAGAUGCAGACUACCUUGUGUUGGAGCUCUAAAAGGCAGAUGCAGCAGUCAAGCAUGGCUCUAAAUUAUUAUCUUCAAUUAAUACUGUACCAGUGUGAUUUAUGGGCGAUUGUUGCUAGUAAUACAUGAGUAGUUGUGUUAUAUAGAACUUGAGUGGAACAAAUAAAUAAAAGAGGCACUACCCAAAAGCUGCCUUUUAAAC